CACACAUAUAUUUAUAUAUCUGUGUGUAUAAAUAUUCCACAAAUCAAAGAAAAGAAAUAAUGGAAUCAGUGGAUCAGUCAUGUAGUGUUCCUCCGGGAUUCAGGUUCCAUCCAACAGAUGAAGAGCUCGUUGGUUACUAUUUGAGGAAGAAAGUGGCAUCACAAAAGAUCGAUCUUGAUGUCAUUAGAGAUAUUGAUCUCUAUAGAAUCGAACCAUGGGAUUUACAAGAAAGAUGCCGAAUCGGAUAUGAGGAACGAAAUGAAUGGUAUUUCUUCAGCUACAAAGAUAAGAAAUAUCCAACAGGAACAAGGACAAACAGAGCGACCAUGGCUGGUUUUUGGAAGGCCACAGGUCGAGACAAGGCUGUCUAUGAGAAGUCAAAAUUGAUGGGUAUGAGGAAAACACUUGUAUUCUACAAAGGAAGAGCCCCUAAUGGCCAAAAAACUGAUUGGAUCAUGCAUGAAUACCGGCUAGAGUCAAAUGAGAAUGCGCCUCCUCAGGAAGAAGCGUGGGUCGUUUGUAGAGCUUUCAAGAAAAAACCAACGACCGGGCAAGCCAGGAACACGGAAACUUGGAGAUCAGGUUACUUUUACGACCAAUUACCGAGCGGAGUUGGCUCGAGUAUGGAGCCUCUCAAUUACGUAUCCAAGCAGAACCAAAACAUUUUUGCACAAGAUUUUAUGUUCAAGCAAGAACUAGGAGGGUCAGAUAUCGGUUUAAACUUCAUUGACUGUGAUCAAUUCAUUCAACUUCCGCAGCUAGAAAGCCCUUCAUUUCCUCUUAUGAAGAGGCCAGUGAGCUCAACGUCGAUAACAUCACUGGAGAAGAAUCAUAAUAAAUACAAAAGACCACUAACAGAAGACGAUGAGAAUUUCGACGAGCUAAUAAAAAGUAAAGAUAAGAAGAAGAAAGCAUCAGUGAUGACAACGGAUUGGAGAGCACUCGAUAAAUUUGUUGCUUCUCAACUUAUGAGCCAAGAAGAUGGAGUUCCAGAUUUCGGAGCUCAUCAAGAAGACGACACCAACAAAACUGGUCAAUGCAAUAACGAAGAAAGCAAUAACAAUGGUAUAGAGAUGCCUUCAUCGUCGUUAUUGAGUGAUAGAGAAGAAGAGAACAGGUUCAUCAGUGGGUUCUUGUGUACGAAUUUGGACUAUGACUUAAUGUAGGGAUUUGCAUGUUUGAUAAAAGAUAAUGAUAUAGUAUGGUGCGUAACGUUUUCUAUAUAGGUAGAAUAAAUUGAUAUAAAAUAACAUUUAUAAAUAUUUUUAAAAGAUUUAUUUUUCUUAUUAUAUGGAUAUUAUAUA